AUGUGUGGACGUUAUGCUUUGGGCGUGCGCAUUGCGUACAUGCGGCAGCAGCUCGAGGACAGAGGAAUGCCUGUAGACGAUGCACCAGACGAUGAUGAAGUCAGGGAGACCUACAACUUUGCGCCCGGGAACUUUGGCGCCGUUUAUCGAGCUGAUAUCCCCGUAAAAGAACAACAUGGCGAAGCUAGCGAGGAGCAGAAGGCAGACCAUGAGCCAAAGGAAGAUGCAGGCACAAGCCACACGAAAUAUAAGCUCCAGAGCAUGAAAUGGGGUCUCAUCCCAUUCUGGACAAAGCGAAGUCCCGAUUACGGCUCUCUCAUGCGCACAAUUAAUUGUCGCGAUGACUCGCUCAUCGAAGACCGCGGCAUGUGGACCACCAUGAAGCGGCGCAAGAGAUGUAUUAUACUCUGCCAAGGAUUCUACGAGUGGUUGAAGAAGGGACCAGGCGGCAAAGACAGAAUUCCACAUUUUGUGAAGCGCAAGGACGGCGAAUUGAUGUGCUUCGCGGGACUAUGGGACUGUGUGUCAUAUGAAGGGUCCGACGAGAAGCUGUAUACCUUCACCAUUAUCACAACAUCAUCAAACCCCUACUUGAAGUUUUUACAUGACCGCAUGCCUGUCAUUUUGAAUGCUGGGUCCGAGGCCAUGAAGAUGUGGCUUGACCCAGGCCGCACAACUUGGUCGAAAGAGCUGCAAUCGCUCCUGAAGCCGUAUGUGGGUGAACUGGAGUGUUACCAGGUUCCAAAGGAAGUCGGAAAAGUUGGAAACAACUCUCCUGACUUUAUUGUUCCGGUCGAUAGUAAGGAAAACAAGAACAAUAUAGCCAACUUUUUCGCCAAUGCCCAGAAAAAAGACGAAAAGCCUCUUGUUACUGGAACUUCUCCGAAGAAGGAGCCUGCAUCGCCAAAGACUGAAGCCACAUCUGAAAAUGACCAAGAAAAGAUACUGACAACACCGAGUGUCAAGAGACAGCAUACGCCGGAUUCAAGUACCAAAGAUAUAAAAAAAGCGAAACUACCGGCCCCAGUCACUCCGCAGAAAAUGAAGACACGAAGUGCCACCUCCAACAUCUCCAACAAGAAGCCCGGAGCAAAGAAACCGACUGACGGGUCUCAACGAAUCACGAACUUUUUCAAAUAA